CGCAUCAGUCGAUCCCCAUCCCCAUCCCCCCUCGCGUCUCCGGCGGCGGCCCGGCGAUCCCUCACCCCGCCGCCGCCUCCUCGCGCGCACCGCCGACGAGCACCUCGGUCCGAAUUGGAUGGAAGACCAGAAGAAAAAUCCGAAACCAGAGGGGUCUUCUGGUUCGCAGAGGGGAGCUCCUUUGGCACCUGAUGCUGGCCUCCCCAAUCCUUUUGAUUUUUCUCAGUUUAGCAACUUGCUCAAUGACCCCUCUAUAAAAGAGAUGGCAGAGCAGAUUGCAAACGAUCCUGUGUUCACUCAGAUGGCCGAGCAGCUUCAGAAAAGUGCUCAGACGACCGGGGAGCAGGGUGGCCCCUCAUUGGAUCCUCAACAGUACAUGGAAACAAUGACACAGGUCAUGCAAAACCCUCAAUUUAUGUCCAUGGCGGAGCGUCUUGGGAAUACACUUAUGCAGGAUCCUGGAAUGUCUAGUAUGCUUGAGAGUUUGACUAGUCCUUCCCAUAAGGAGCUGCUUGAAGAGCGAAUGGCCCGUAUAAAAGAAGAUCCUUCUUUGAAGCCAAUUCUUGAUGAGAUUGAGUCUGGUGGUCCAUCUGCGAUGGUGAAGUACUGGAAUGACCCUGAAGUUCUUCAAAAGAUUGGUCAGGCUAUGUCAAUUAAUUUUCCAGGAGAUGCUGCUACUUCCACUACUCUGUCUGGACCUGAAGAAACUGAGGAGGAUGGUGGAGAUGAUGAUGAUGAGUCCAUUGUUCAUCACACUGCCAGUGUUGGUGAUGCAGAGGGUCUUAAGAAGGCUUUAGAUGAGGGAGCAGACAUGGAUGAAGAAGACGCUGAGGGAAGAAGGGCCUUACAUUUUGCAUGUGGUUAUGGUGAGUUGAAAUGUGCAGAAAUCCUUCUGGAGGCAGGAGCUGCGGUAAACGCACUGGAUAAGAACAAGAACACUCCACUGCAUUACGCUGCUGGAUACGGCCGAAACGAAUGUGUUGAUCUUCUGCUAAAGCAUGGCGCUGCUGUCACCAUCCAAAAUCUUGACGGGAAGACCCCCAUCGAGGUGGCCAAACUCAACAACCAGGACGAGGUCCUCAAGGUGCUCGAGAAGGACGCUUUCCUAUAAACGAAAAAUCCAUGCAGAUCUCACGCUGUCAGGUCAUCAUCACCGGCUCGUCAGUUUACAGUUCAGAUUUUUAAUGCAUACCCGAAUCAUCAACUCUUUUAGCUUUUGGUGUGGUGGUGGUGGUGGUACGUUCGUUUGAACUGUUGUUUGGUGCUCCGGAUUUGUAUCGGCUUCUCUUCCCGUUAUACUGCAAAUUCCUGUUCAUCCUUUGCCAGUUUGCCUCC